AUGCUUCGCUCGCCACGACCUACAAUAACAUUGGCAAUCGCAAUUCAACAAAAAUCUGUUCUACCUGAUCAUGCUUCACUGGGCACGACUUACAACAAUGUUGCUACAGCGUAUAAAUCACUUACACCGUUUGACAAGACAUUUGAAAUCCAGCAGAAACCUCUUUCGUCGUCUGAUCUCAAUCUGACUGACAGCGCUAUCGGCAAUAGAGACAGUGAUGUUAGGAAUGUUCGCGGGAAGAAAGAUGAUUAUAGUGAAACGAAUGCUCUUUUAGUGAAAUUACAGAAAGAGCUACUGAAAAUCGGUAUCUCAAUUGAACAUGAUCGCAAUCUCUCGUCUUCACAUGAACAUGUCUAUGUGUCUAAGCAGGAAACAGCUGGUGGUACCAUAUCCAUACAGUCCACUCCUGACUGCUGUACUGAGAUUAUCGGUCUCACGCUUACAAACGACGGCCACUGUGUCGAUAAUAAAGGUAUUCAUGAUCAAGACCCUAGCUGGGCGAAUGAAUAUUCAAAAGUUCGUGGCAUUUGGUCUUCGGUCAUUGAAAUGCAAGACAAAAUGACAAAAGAUAUUGAGUCGACCAUUGCACGUCCGUCUCGGUGGUUAAGAACGCACGAAUUGUUCUCAGAAUUAUGGACACAACAGCGUCCGCAAUGUCAAUAUGUUUAUGAAUUACAACUGAGUGAUAGGGCAAUGUCGUCAGCGAGUCCAUCUGCUUGGCCUGUAUUCCAUA